CACACGUGACAGCCGCAAAAGUCUGUUCUCCUGACCAUUGUAAGCGCUGCGGACCUGCGGUGCCGAACUUUCUACGGCCAUAAACAUGCCUGGAAAAUGUAAAUUCCAGGUUGCGUGGCUUUCCAAGGAUAUAUACAAAGACUGGCUCGUCAAAGACCCACAAGACAUUCAGUUGGCCAGAUGCAAAGCUUGUUGCAAAGCAAUUAAACUGCAGACGAUGGGAGAGGCAGCCCUCACAAGCCACGCCGCGGGCUGUGGCCAUAAAGCAGCCGUCCGCAAGCUCGUAGAAGCAACAAACGCAAACGAGGAUGCCCAUGCAUUGAUAUUAGGUGGUCGGAUCAGCAACCACACAGACCCACCGAAACAUAUUAAAACCCCUAGCAGAUGUCACUAUUCCAUUCAGACCGCCAUUUUGGGUGUCAGGCGCGGAUCAAGCCUAGGGCCGAGGCUUGCCAGCCUGAGAGAACCAGUGUGCAGUUUUCCAGGUUAUAUAGUCCCGCUCUACUUUGGCCAUAAUGGUGCACGCUUGUGUUGCUGUUGGGUGUCACAAAGGGAAGACUCCUGGCUCGCUUGUGUCAUUUGACCGAUAUCCCCAUGAUUUGGAGAGAAGGCAGCACUGGGUGACAGCUGUGAAACGCAACGGUGCCUGCAUUGGAGCCCAGUCGACUCAGUCUGCACAGUGCACUUUGCAUCUCGAGUAAGUUUUAAAAAAACUCUCAAACAUGUAUGAAUUAGUAAAUAGACGUUAAAUAGACGUGGCUGCAAGCAAUCUUACAAUCUUAGUCACAAGUUCAUCAACACAAUUUACUACUUGAUUUAAUAUUACAUGUUAAGUAACACAUAAAAGUGUUUUCAUGCAAUCGCAGCACAAAUCAAGUUAAUAGUGUUGAUAACAAAAGUUGCAUCGAUGUGACGGUUGAUUUAAACAGUUGUAACAUUUGCUUUCCUCUUCCUCUAGGUAAACAAAGUAGGAAUCCACUGUCCCCGGACUACUCUCCAACAGUGGUGGGAAACCUUUUAAUUUCCGCGUCAACCAAAAAAACCUGCAGCUCUUAAAACCAAAAGACGGUUGAGCAAUAAUAAGGCGCAGGAUGAUGCUGCUGCCACUGCUGCUGGGGUCACACUCCUUGGACAUGUCGACAGCCCCCCACAACGUGAGCCAAACACACCAGCCAAACCCUGAGAGCCUUGACGUAGUACCCCCCUGGUCAGCCCUCGCUUGACACCCCAAAUGGUGGCGAAUGCAACAGUGACAUCACACGCAAAGGGUCCGUAUUGUGUGGCGUUCCGAGUAGAUGCUGGUUAAGUGAUCACCAUGGCUGCGGUACUCUUUAUUCCCAGAGGGAAACACCGGCUUACUGUUUGAAUAAUUGUUCCUCUCAUCCACCCUCUGAUUCCCAUCUUCUCUUCCUCUGUCUGUCCGUCUGUCUUUUUGCUACAUUUCUUUCGCUCCCCCUCUUCGGUUAGGUCACAUCAUGGUGAUGAAUGUCGCCGAUCAUGUGAAUGGCUACGGCAAUAUCAAGGAUGAGGAGGAGAAGGAGCCGGUGGCUCUCGGCCUGCACCUCAACGCCUUCGACCGGCUGACAGGAAGUGACCCGUCGGCAGACCUGGAGCACAGUGUCCUCGGCGCCAGCUCCGCUUCCCACAACGCCUCGUUCCAGGAGGUCACGUUCCCGACCAGCUUCAUAGACUCGCGCGGCGUGCCGAGCCAAAGCAGUGUCGACUGUGGUGUCCCCAGGGUCCAACCUCCCAACAUCAACCCCCACCACCACCCUCCCCGCCUCCUCCUCCACGCUCCCCAGCAGCCCCCCCUACACCACCGGCCUCCGUCACCAGCCCGACGCCGCUGCGAGGAGCCGGCGCUGCGAGACACGGCGCCCCCUCCCAAGUUUCCUCGCACGCCUCGCUCCGUGACGGCGGCGGCGGCGGCGGCCCUCGCCAGGCGGGAGCGGGAGCAGCGGGAGAGGGUGGAGGCCCUGGAGGAGGAGCGGGUGGAGAUGCUGGGGGAGCAGCAGCAGCAGGAGGGGCGCAGGGAGCAGAUGGAGAGCCUGGAGUGGGAGCGGCGCAUGCGGGUGCUGGUGUGGGAGCAGGAGGUGCUGAGGGAGAAGGGCAGGGCGGCCCGGGAGAAGGCCCGGGCCUACCGCAUGAAGAGGAGGUACUACGGGGCCAAGCUGAAGAGGAUGGGCCAGGACGUCCCGCCGCCGCCGCCGUCCUCGUCCUCGUCCUCGUCCUCCGGCAGCGACCAGGACGAGUGGGGGAGCGGCGAGUGGGGGAGCGGCGAGCGGGCGCCCAAGGAGCGGGCGCCCAAGGAGGGGGCGAUCAAGGAGGGGGCGAUCGUGUGACGUCACAACGAGAUGGACUUAAAUGUUUUUUUUAUUUUUUAUUAUUGACUAUAUACCCGUUUGUCUUCAUAAGACAAAUGGGGAAGACUAUUUUUAUAUAUCAUUCGUUUUUUUGUUACGUUGCAAGUGAUUGUACCCACUGCUUUAAUGUGCGGGGAAUGUGUCGGCAUCUUGAAACAAUCUCUGAUGUUGUUUUCAAGAGAUUGUUGAUUUUGCUGCUGUUUGAAAGCUCCGAGACAAUAUUGAGUUAAUGGAGGACUAUAAGUAUGGUUCUAAAUUAUCUUAAUUAUUGAGGGCAAUAAUUUCAAAAGUCAAUACAAAUCUGGAAGAUUUUAAAUUUCCUGAUUAUAUUGUCAUUUCUUUUUUUAAUACUGUAAUAUAUCAUUGUACUACUUUGGAUGCCCAUAUUGAACUCGUUUGUAAAUGUUUGCCUGGUACAGUUUGAUGGCCUUGUGACAGUGAAACCAUCCAAAGGUUUAAGUUUGAGCAGAAAUGGAUUUUCACAUAUAUGGGCGUGGCCUGACAUUAAGAAUUUGAGCCAAUCUGAAUAAAUUACUAGGUAACACUGUUGGUCUCUUCGCUCAUGCCAAAUAGAAUAGUACAUAAGGCAGAAACAUUGAAAUAAGUAUUGUGCAAAUUACUGUUUAUCCUUUAACAUCGUUAUUCAAUCUAUUUCAGAUGAGAGGGAUCUGAUGCUAACUCCUCCCCCUACAGCUGAUUGGUCCAAUUUUACAUUUUUGAGAAUGGCUUUAUCAGGCUCGAGCCGAGACUGAUCUGCGCAAAUCGAGAGAAUGUGAAGUCACAAGCUCAGGAUAAUCCCAAACUGCUAACGGUUUCAAGGCACAAGAUCUAGAAGGCUAAUUUUCGUCUUUUGUCAAAUUGUCUUAACGGUCAUGCUCAAUAACUACAAUCACAGUUGAUGGUUUUGAAAUUCUUAUUAAAAGCAGCUAAAUUGAAA